GGCGAGGCCCGGCGGAAGGCCCCGCGGGCCUCGGUCGCCGGCGCGGCCGCCGCGGCGGAGCAGCGCCGGAGGCUCUCCGCGGCGAGGGCGCCGCCGCCCGCCCUGGCGGCCCCGCGCCGCGCGAUCGCCCAGAAGUCGCAGCCGCAGGGCCACACCGUGCGUUGGACCGACCGCGCCUCCGGCUACGACCUGUGCCGGGGCUGCGUGGAGCACUGGCGCGAGCGCGCCCCGGACGAGGGCGCGCAGGCGCCCCGGCCCGGCUUGCCGGGGUGCGCGCCGAGCCGAGGCGCUGGGGCCCCCGAGGACGAGCCCACGGCCGCCCAGGGCGGCGACGCGGCGGCGGGCGACCCGCCGCCGGCCGACGAGGGAGGGCCGCCGCCCGGCGGCGGCGGGGCGCCCGCUCCGGAGGUGGGCGCGGAGCCCGGGGGCUCGGCCGCGGCGGUGCCCGCCGGGCAGCUGCUGGCCGACGCGUCGCAGCGGUCGCUGGCGAGCGAGGCGGGCGCGGCGCCGAAGGACGCGCUGGAGGACAUCCCAGAGCCCCAGCUCCAUGCCGAGGUGCAGGCCCUGGUUGUGAGCGCCAAUCUCGAGUCCACCACGGUGGGGCAGCUGCGCGCCGCGCUGGAGAAGCGGCUGGGGCUCCAGGUCGGCUCGCUGGGCUCCAGGAAGAGCCUGCGCCGCCGUGUGUGUCAGCUGUUCCAGCAGGAGGUCCUCAAGAAGGCCCAGCGCGGCGCCGACUGCGAGCGCAUCGCCAAGGCCCUGGUCGACUACGACGACUAUCCCGCCGACGUCCGGCAGAUGCUGAUCGAGAGCCUGCCGCACGCGAUGCGAGCCAGGCCGCUGCACGCCCACCAGGUGCGCCUCCUGGGAAUCGCCAACGACGCGCUGGGCGACUACCGCGGCCAGCUCAGUGGCCUGCUGACCUCCAGCGAGGCACAGUGCGAGCUGGCAGAGGCGGAGGAGCGCGGGCGCCAGGCCGCGCGUCAUGGCGCGGCCAGCGCGGAGGCGCAGGCAGAAGCAACGGCAGGCGCGGCGAAGGCGCUGCUGGAGGAUGCCGUGGCAGAGGUGACGCGCACAGAGCACCAGCUCGAGCAGGCCGAGCAGAUGAUGCAGGUCGCCGCGGAGGAGGUUGCAGAGCUGCAGCGCGCCAGGGAGGCCAUCGUGCGCGUCUCCGACGGCCCGUUCCGGCUGCUGAUGCGCGGCGAGUGGGCAGGGAAGGAGGACUUGGAGAGGGCGUUCGCCGCCGUGCAGCAGCACUUCGAGAAUUACAACGCGGAGGAGGCCCUCCUGGCCGCGGCGGGCAUCGCGCUCCGGCAGCGGCCGUCGGAGCGGACCCGCUUCGACGAGAUCACGCUGUCGAGCCUGGAGGAGACGCUGAGCGGGCACCUUGGCAGCUGCGAGGCCCGCCUGGCGGAGAAGCCCGAGUUCCAGGCCGAGUCCAAGCGCCUCGCGGCCUCCGCGCUGCUCGGCGUCGUCGUGCAGCGCCAGCAGGAGCAGUUCGCCGCCAGCAAGGCCGCCCACGACGCACACGCGGAGGCCUCUGCGGCCAGGCGCGCGGCUGAGGUGGAGCUGGCCGCCGCGAGCGCGGCGGUGGCCGCCGCUCGCUGCGAGCAGGCCCGGCUGAAGGAGGGGCUGGACGCCCUGGACCAGACCCUCGCGCUGCUCGCCAGGAUCAUCGCCGGAGAGGCCCCGCCCGCGGCGGACGCCGAGGCGGGCGCCGCGGCCUCCGCGGCGGCGGAGGCGCUGGCCGAGGACAUCAUCUGCGAGGCAUCGUCACAGCCCGAGGUGGCCGCUGCGCUCGAGGGCCUGGGCGCUCCGGCGCUCGCCCUGGGCACUGGCGCGUCGCUGGCGGGGGCGGAGGAGGGAGCCGCCGGCGCCUCGCAGCGCGAGGGCGGAAGCGUCGAGGUGCACGAGGUCGCCGACGGAGGUGGCGAGUGCGCUGCCGCGGAGUCGGCCUCAGACGUCGAGAUGAUCACCGAAGGCGACGAGGGCGCCGCCGUGGAGGUGGCCUCGGACGUCGAGAUGGCCCGCGACGGCGACGAGGAGGCAGCUGCCGCAGAGGCGCCAUGCGACGCCGAGGUGGCCCCGGUGCCCGCCGGGGAGGGGGCGAGCGCCGGGGCCGAAGAGGACGCGCCUCCCCCUGGCGAGGCCGCGCUGAAGGACCCGAUGGCUGCGGCCGCGCUCCUGCAAGAGGGUGGUGACGGGCGGGAGAGCGGGUGCCCCGAGGAAGCGGCCGAGGAUGGCGAGGACGGAGAGGACGAGGAAGAGGACGACGACGAGGAGGGCGAGGAGGGCGAGGAGGGCGAUGCGCCGCGGCCGGAGGACCAGGCCCCGCCCGCGGACGCGGCGCCGGGCUCCGCCGGCAGCGCGCGGCCGCGGGACACCGCCGGGCCUGCGCGUGGGGAAGCCACGCGGGCGUCGGACGCGGGGUCGCCGGCCUGCAGCCCGCGGCGCCCGCCGAGCGCAAAGACGGGCUCGGAUCGGACGCCGCUGCAGCGCGUGCCCACGCCACUUUCGCCGGGGGGGUUCCCGGUCCCGGGGCAGGCGGCGUGA